CCGCCGCCGCCAACUUCAGACCUAGCUGCGGAUCUGGCCGCAGGAAGCCGGGCCCCCGAUCCCCAGUCGCCCAGAGCGGGGCCAUGGCAGCCGGCGCCCUGCUCCCGACCCCGACCCGGGCUGCAGCCCCGCGGCUGCUGCUCCCUACCCGACGCUGAGCAGACGAGCUGCCGAACCGUACAGCGCUAGCCGUCCCUGUCGCCGCCGCUGCGGCUCCGGCUUCUGCGCCUACUUCUUUUCAGCACAAGUUUCUGCCGCCUCGUAGAGCAGCUUUGGAAGGACCGGAGAGGGGCCGAGGGGCCGCCGUCCCUGGCCCGCCGGCCAUGUGGGGGCGAUUCCUGUCCUUGGAGCCCGGCGGCCCCGGCGGAGCCCGCAGCUACCCCACGGGCCAAGAUUACUCCCCUACAGCAUGGUUAUCUGGUACUGAAUCUGUGUGGCAGGCCACAACUGUUCCAUCAAGCACUCGUAAUAGCCACACCCGACGACAUAGCAUAGCUUCUGACAGUGGGGAUACUGGCAUUGGAACCUCUUGUUCUGACAGUGUGGAAGAUCAUUCUACUUCAAGUGGUACAUCAUCAUUCAAGCCCAGCCGCUCACUGGUUACAAUUCCCACUGCCCAUGUGAUGCCGUCUCAUUCCAGUUCUUCAAUUUCUAAGCAUAGGGAAGCACUGACACCUGAUGGAUCAAAAUGGAGUACAGGUUUUGUACGAACGAUGGGAAACCGAAAUCGAGGAGAACUGGACACUUCACUUGACAUGAAGGACAUGCGACCUAUCCGAAAAUGGUCUUCUUUGUCUAAACUUAAUCUCCCAGAUAACUGUAGUCAAGAUGGCAGUAUUCGAUCUGAGGAAUCCAGGAGUAGUUUCGAUAAGUCAGAGAGAGAGAGAGUUUUACUAGCACAACUAAGGGCAAAUGGUCCCAGCUGCUUACAUGAUAGUAUGGAGAUGCUUCAACUAGAGGACAAGGAAAUGAAUAAAAUACGGUCUUCAACUCUUGACUGUAAAUAUAAAUUUGAGAGCUGUAGCAAAGAAGACUUGGGAAUCUCUCCUGCUCAUAGGAGACAUGCCUUAGAUAAGACAUACAGUGCCUUACCUGAAAGCAAGUCCUCUAUAACAAAUUCAGAGCCUUAUGAACAAAAAUAUCUAAUGCUGGGCCAGCAGGCUGUGGGUGGAAUUCCUAUUCAGCCCUCUGUUAGAACUCAAAUGUGGCUUACGGAUCAAUUACAUGCAAAUCCUCCAGAUUGUAGGUCUCUUGAUGAAGCUUUUACCAUAGCUCCUUGGCAGCAGCAGCAGCUUGAAGAAUUCAGACAAGUCAGUGAACCACCUAUGCAGGUUUUGACUGGCCCUCGUCAAAAUUAUUCAUCUUCUGGCUACCAUGAUUUCAAUAGAUGGGAAUCUUUAUUGAAAAUCAAAGAAGGAUUGCUAAGACAGAAGGAAAUUGUAAUUGACAGGCAGAAACAACAAAUAACCAAUCUCCAUCAGAGGAUCAGGGAUAAUGAAUUACGAGCACAACAUGCCAUGUUGGGUCAUUUUGUAAAUUGUGAGGAUUCUUAUGUUGCAGGUUUGCAGCAGCCACAAUAUGAUAACUCUUCACUUCAUGCUCCAUUUCCUGACCGAUCAAUAUGUCGCCCUGAACAAGAGGAACUUGAACGAAAGCUUGCAUCUGCUGAAAAAGAGCUUCUGCAACUCAAUGAGUUUCUCAAGCAAAGUGCAAAUAAAUCUAAUGAAGAGAAGAAGAAACUGGAAGAGAAGCUUAAAACCAGAGAUAGGUAUAUUAGUAGCCUGAAAAAGAAAUGUCAGAAGGAAUCUGAACAAAAUAAAGAGAAACAAAGACGAAUUGAGACCUUGGAAAAGUACUUGGCUGACCUGCCAACUCUGGAUGACAUGCAGAACCAGAGCCAGCAGCUGCAGAUCCUAGAAGAAAAAAACAAGAACUUACAAGACACUGUAAAAGACAUGGAGAAAAAACUUGGAGAGAUCAAAACUCAGUAUCAAGAGAAAGAAGUACAACUGGCCUGUCAACGGAAGAAAGAAAAGGAGUUGGUUACCACUGUGCAAAGUUUACAGCAGAAAGUGGAAAGGUGUCUUGAAGACGGUAUCCGGCUACCCAUACUAGAUGCAAAACAACUUCAAGAUGAAAAUAAUCACCUCAAAGAACAGAAUGAGCAUGCCAGUAAGGUAAUAAGCAGCCAGCAAAAUAAAAUUGACAGAAUGUUGUUAGAAAUUCAGUCUAUGCAAGAGAAACUUGGUCAAGAGAAAUUGACAACUCAGAAAAUGGAGAAAGAGCUAGAAGAAAAAGAAAAGACUAUUAUGAAGUUAACAGAAACUUUACUUGAAAACCAAAGACUAAGUGAAGAAUAUUCUCCUUUCUUGGAAGAACAGCAAGAGAAACAGUCCAAGCAGCAGGUUGAUUUAUCUCUACAGCCACUAUUGAAUUUGAACAUGGUUGACCAAUUAUUCAAGGAAAUGUCCCAUUGUUUGUUUGACUUGAAAGCAUUGUGCAGUAUUCUUAAUCAGAGAGCUCAGGGCAAGGAGCCUAAUCUUUCAUUAUUGCUUGGAAUCAGAUCUAUGAGCUCUUCAACUGAAGAGACUGAAAAUGACCACAGCCCAGAAUCACUGACUAAAAAACUAUCAGACAUGUGCCAGUUACGGAAGGAGAUUGAUGAAUUAAGGACUAUGAUAUCUGACCGCUAUGCUCAGGACAUGGGAGACAACUGCAUUACCCAAUGAUAAAGUAUUGGUCCCACAGCAAUAAUGACUCAUUGCUCAGUGCUGCUGUGUUAUCUAUUCUUCAUCUUUCUGUUCAGGAGCCAUAUUGGAAGAUUGCAUUUCUAUUUGACCUGCAUAUAGAUUUUUCUGUGUAUUGUUUCAUUUUUGUGUAGGGAACUAUGGGGCUGGGAAAUAAUGGAAUUUAUUUAAUCAAGAAAAAAAAACUCAAAUGAUUCAAAUCACCAUUUGAAAAGUACGAUAAAAUCUACAAGGGAAAAAAAAAUAUUCUCAAAACUACUGAUUGUAGGACCAAGCUGUGAAAAAUGCUAUUUAAAUAAAGAGGUAGGGUUUUGUUUUUUUUUUUAAAUACCAUGGCAUUUUAAUGUUUAUGAAGGUUUCUGGAGUUUAAACAAAGGUUCCAAGGAAGGUACUGAUUAUAUCUCCAUUUAUUGUUCCUUCUGAUAAAAGACGUAUUGCACAUAUAGGAAGCUCAAAGAUUAAAUGAAGCAAGGUUUACAUCUACCCCUUUACCAGGGUCAUGGAAGAUGCUUUUGCUUUUGGAACAAUCAUGUAAUUGAAAGAUGCAGUUUUUGGGGUUAGGAUUAGAGUAGUAUGUAGACAAGUGAUCUACUUUUUAGUAUGCUUUCAAGCUACCUAUAACAGUUGGAAAAGUUUGAUAUGAUAAAAUACCUUUUCAUCAUCAUGGGUGAGUUUUCUAGCAUUUGUGUUUUUUUCCAGCAAAGGAGAUAUUUAGCAUUAGUUUUUGCUAAUAUCUUCAUAUACUUAUUGCUUGAUUUUUCUUUGUUGGGCAAGGUAAGUUGUUCAUCUGUAAAGAACUUUGUGAACAUAAUACUUUAUAGUUAAAAAUCAGAAGAGAAUCCUUCAGUAUCUUCUUGCAUAAAGGUUGCAGGUAGUCAUCAAGAAAGGAAAUUAAGAAUACUAGCUUUGGUUCAUAUUCUUAGCACAUAAAAAUUUUUCAAGUUGAAGGCUAUUGAAAAAGUUAGCUGUAAUGUAUUUGGAUGUUCGCCAACACAAAGAAGAUACAGAUUAUACUUAGCUGAUUCCUUUAAUUUAUUGCAUUCAUCCAUUGAGACAGCUCCUUUAUUUAAAGUACUAGCUUGACUAUACUAGUUCUCUAACUUAUACCAGAUAUGAGUCUUAAGAUAACAUGAAUAAUUUUUUUAAAAGCCUAAUUGAAUUUUAUGCAUCCAAAUUAAUUCAACAUUAUUCACUUAACCCAAAGUUACAGCUGUUGCUUAAUGUGUUUUUGAAAAUAAUCGUUUGGCAUUGCCUUCAGAGUUUUUGACACACACUUAACUUUACUGUGGAAGGUUCAUUACUGGAGGGUGAGUUUAAUUUUUAGAAAAUGACCAAAAAUUAUUUAGAACCAAAUUACUAAAAAGCUAGUAUUUGUUUUAUAAAAACUAUGUAAGUAAAGUAAAUAUAAGGAGUAAGUCCACAAAUGCUUUGAGCAAAGGAAGCAUCAUUGAAAUAGCCAUGUAUCUGUUUUUGAGGUCACUAUUUUCAGGCAACUUAAUUUUCACAUAUUCAAUCUGAUGAAUUUUUUUUUUUUUUUUAAAGUAUUGGUCACAUUAUUUUUAGAGGCAGGCCUCACAUAUAAAAUGUUCUGCAGCUUUAGUUCAAGUAACAAUUCUAAUAUAUUCAACUUGGAUUCUGCCCAGUGCCUGUAUAAAAUACUCCCUUGCUAGUAACUGAGGUGAUUUAAGGAGAUACUAACUCAGCCACUAAGGACUCAUUAAUUCAGUUCAGUAAUGAUAUCUUCCUCUGCAUCUUAAUAUAAUAUGGCAUGAUACAGGCACCAGAGAGAAUAAAUAAUGUGUUUGAUUUAUUUUUUCUUUUUUUAAGGGGGGGAAGCUCACCUCUAUUAUAAAGCACUAAAGUAGUAUUUUUAUCUAAAUAGAUGAUACAAAAAUGAAACCUUAUAAUGGGUGGGUAUUUCAUUAUUAUUAUCUCUCUAUUCUUUAGAAUUGACAUUUUUAGCAUUGGUGAAAAAUGCCUCAAUAAUAAAGCAGAUAGAAUAAAUACAAUCUCUUUGGAUAGGCCAUUCCCAGCUCUUGGAAAGGGAAAGUCACUGGUCUUGGGCUAGACAAUCAACAAGUUAGAUCACCAAAUGAUCUUGUUUAAAUAUCUCUUAUACUGUUUGAUAAUAAGUUGUUGGGUGUUGGUUCUUUCCUUUUCCCUCCUUUCCCUCCCCCAUUGUUUUGUUUGUUUGUUUUUAUCCCAAUAGUCAACCUUUUCUAGAUCUGUUUGUUCAUUUGGCUUAAUUGUCAUGAAGUUUUUUCAGGGCAUUGUUAUUUUAAUAAGUUAAUGUUUAAUAAGUUAAAGCGUAGAAUUAAUUUGCACUAAAGUAACUUUAUAGUGAGCAUUUUUUAAAAAGUAAAUUUAAUAGAAAACAGGCAGAUUAGUACUGUUGUCUUCAGUUGUAGAACUGAAAUCAUCUUAAACUAUUUCUUAUUGAACACCUUGAACUUUGAAAUUGUAAAUGUUCAGAAAUUAUUGCAAUGGUAUAUAAAAAAGAAAAUAUUCAGAAUUUGAAUUUAACCUGCUUUGAAGGUUCUCUUUAGCUUCAGAAAACCUUUUAAUGCACUAUUGUGACUUGGAAAUGUGCUUGCUCUUUAGAUAGGGCCUUUUAAUACUCAGAGUAUAUUCCCCUUUGAAUAUUAGUCAUUUGAUUUUUGAAGUGAAUUUAAUUUGUUUCCUUCACUUUAAAACAAGAAGAUAAGAGGCUGGUGUCUCAGUCAAAGGUUUAGAUUAAUCCAUGCAGAUCAGAUUACCUAAUUUACCAGACAUAAUAGUUAUCUUUCAUUUCAUGUCAGCAAACAUUCUGGUAUUAUUGAUCUCUUGGCAAAUCUGUAUUCAUUUACAGUGACCUAUCAGAUUGGAAGAAUAAGCUUUGUUGGUGUAAAAUAUGCUGGAUUGUUUAUCUGGUUGAAAAUUCUUUGUAGACCCAUUUCACAUAAGUAACAAAGUUGUUUAAUAUUAAUGGUGGCAUAAUUUAGUGAAACCAAUUUUAGUCAUGGACAAUGUAUUAGACUCCAUUAGUCAUGAUAAUUUUCUUCAGUAACUAUCAAGAGACAAUCUCAAGGGCUGGAAAAAAAUUGAUCCUAAUGGAUACUGUACAGUUCUGUCUUAUGGGCUUAUUAACCUAUGUAUAGUUUUGUGAUUAAUUUGUAGGACUUGCUGAGCAUAUUUUUAUAGAAAUUCCAUAUUUAAAAAUGUACUUUAAAAUAUCAGUAAUUAUUCUUUGAGCAAAGAACAGCUAAGGCCCAGAACUGUACAUAUUUUUGUAGUGUAGUUGUGCUUUAAUACACAUCUAGCUUGCAUUAUUGGCAUCUGUUGUAUUAGUUUGUAUCAUUGUAUAUUUGUAAUUAAUAAGCAAUUCUUAGAAUGACCCCCAAACUCAGGCUAAACAAUUUGAAACUGCCAGUAGAUGCAGCCACAAGAGCCAAAGUUAAUUCUCUUUACAUUUUUGACAUUGUCUGUUUUCCACAAGCAAGAGAAAAGCUUUCAUACUUAGUAUGUAAAGAGAAAGCUAUACCUGUUCUAACCCCCAAUGAUCUUGCUGUGGAAUUUUGCUCAUCUAUAACCUUUGUUACUCCAUAAAGGCAUUUAUCUUAGAGGGGGAAAACCAAUUUUGGGAUGCAAUUAUCCUUUUUAAUUAAAAUAUUAAUAUUGAACAUGGUUAGGUUUCCAAAUCAAUAACUCAUUAGCAAUAUUAAUUCCACAGUUGUAUACAGUCAGCACCCUUGUGCCUUUUUGCCUGCAGUACACUUGUUCAUUUCCAUUUUACAUAAGCUUUAAGAAUGUCGAUAAUUAUUGCACCUUGUUUCUUCUCUAACUAGACUUUCUUAAGCUUUUUCUUUUCCCUAACAAGGAGAAAUAAUUAAUAAAUAUAGGAGUAGGUCCUAGGCAUUUGUUUUUGGAGCUGAGCUCUUGACUUUUAUAAGUGAGCAGGAAAUCUCCAUCAGAAUGUAUUCAUUUGUAUCUAUCAAUUACAGUAUUGCAUAGGUGUGAGAAGUAGGGUGCUUGACAGUUACAUUAAAAGCACAGCAGUGUGUAUUAUUAGAUCAGUCUCUAUGACUGGUAGUUUUAGAAAUUGGGUUCAGUUUUUGAGCCAUUCAGAAUACCUCAUGUGUAAAUACAGUUGUCACGACUUAAUUGAAAUGCAGUCACUGUUUUUUUUUUAUUAAAAAAAAAAAAAAAAAAAAAGGAAGUGAAGCCACUGGAUGGCUUAUGCUUUCAGGCCUAUCAUUCUUGCCUCUUUAUGUAAAGGGGUUGUAUUUGUUUUUUUUGUGUGUGUAUUUGGGGGGUUUUAUAUUAUAAAAAAUAGGGUUUACAGCUAGAAUUUUGAAUGCCAAAGUUCUAUUUAUUAAAUAUAAAGAAAGUUUUCAAUGUUAAUGGCUAGUAUUUUUCCACUGGAGUAUUGUUUGUUGAUGUUUGGAUUUGUAUUUACAGAGAAAUAAAUUUUUUACAAAACUA